AGCCGCCCGUCUAUCAACAUCAAAUGCUGACUGUCUACAAUUUCAUAUCCGUGUGUGUAACACAUUACAACGUCCUUGACCUUCAGAUAAGAUUCACGACGAACACUCCGAAAAAUUAAUACACAUCCUACUGGACCUCCAGCCCAGUGAGCGGCCACAACAGAGACCUCGGGGACACCGAACCUUGUCUGAGGGCUACAUACCCGGGAGGGUAUAAAGCGGAGAAUGGAGGGAUACUAUGACACAAAUACCUCCGAGAAAAACUUACGGAAACUCGAGAGAGGAGUAGUUGUGACUGUUUUUUGUUCCUCAAAGAAGAAGCCAGAGAACGUCACCUUAAGAGCCAUUCUGGAGACCAAGGAGGUCAUAUGUAUUUUAUACGAGGGGGGCAAGCCAGAAUAUAGAGUAUACCUACCAUUUGUAAAGGAAGUGCGACCAGGUCUCAACACACCGGACUUCGAACGCUGGCCAGAUGAAGCAGCUAAGUAUGACCCUAACAUGGCCUUGGGCAUCUUCCACGGCCUGGAGUUUAAUCUCUCCUGUCUGUCUAUAGUGGCCUUGGACCCCAGUGACUACCCUGCUUUAAAGGAAGGAAUUACACAACUCAUCAGGGAAGCCAUGGUUUCGUCAUACCAAAUACAGAAGGAAAGAUGGCUGUGGAAAGAGUUUUACAAGAUUCAGAAAAACGAAGCCAGCGCGUAUGGGACGGACCGGCUUUCGAAACAGUUCUUCAUCAAAAGUCUAAGCGAACUAAAGUCGUGGCUGUCUAAGAUGAACUAUAAGCUGAAACAAAAGGAAGCCAAACGUCUGCUCAAGCAACUCAAGCUCAAGGAAAAAAUGGUUUUCCAAGAAUUUUACAUGGUAUUUGAAGAACUCAUUCACUCGGGUGAUAUAAUCACCAACCAUUUCAAUCAGUAUUUAUGUGGAAGGGUCGGCGAAAGGCGAAUGGAUCCAGACAAUUUCGUCUCAUUUCUUGAGGAAGAUCAAAAGGAAACGUUUUCAGUGGAAUCGUCCAAACUGAUGAUCAAACAUUUUGUUGAUGAUCAAAUGAGGGGUACGCUUGGAACGAUGCACUUCACAGAGAAAGAGUUCUAUGACUACCUCCUGUCCCCCGACAACAGCGUGUGGAACCCGGAACAGGAUCAAGUCACCAUGGACAUGUCCCAGCCUCUCUGUGACUACUGGAUAGCCUCUUCUCACAACACGUACUUAACAGGCAAUCAGAUCAACAGCGAUUCCUCCGUGGAGACGUACGCUAGAGCUCUACGUAUGGGAUGUCGAUGUGUGGAGUUGGACUGUUGGGACGGGGCAGACGGCAUACCACUCAUCAGACACGGCGGCAAGGUGUCUUUAACAAGAAGUGUCAGAUUCGAUGACGUAGUCAAGACAAUCCAUGCCAACGCGUGGCAAACUUCAGAAUUCCCCGUGAUCUUGUCCUUGGAGAAUCACUGUAGUCUUCCUCAGCAGAGGCACAUGGCACAGGUCCUAAAAGAUACAUUCAAAGAUGAGCUCGUGACGGCGCCGCUGGAUGCGAUGGAGAGGCAGCUACCGUCUCCAGAACGCCUCAGGAGGAAGAUAAUAAUCAAGGAUCGUAAACUGAAGGUCGAAGGCGAUGCUGAUGAAAAGAGGAUGUCGCUGGAUGUCCGUUUCUCAGGAAUCUUGCACAUACUGGACAAAGCUGAACGGGCUUGGGUCCCAGUAAAAUGUGUCCUCACCGAGAAGGCGCUGAUUUACAGCCCUAAGGAUGACUACGAAGGCGAGGAUUUCGAAGAUGAUGGCGAUGCCGAAGAAUAUGAGGACUACGACAGCGACGAAGAGAAUAUUGAGAUGGAACCAUGGUACCAUGGCAGGCUGUCGCGGGGACGGCGGGAAGCAGAGGAACUACUGAAGGAACAGAAAUAUCACGGUGAUGGCACCUACCUAGUCAGAGACAGCGACAAGGAACCAGGAUACUCCGUAUCAUUUUGGCUGCACGGCAAACCGAACCACUGUCGGAUUCAGUCACGCGUUGACGAAGACUGGACAAAGAUGUACUACUUCAACGACAGUACGUGCAAAUCGACCGUGAAGGAACUACUCGAGUACUACAAGGAAAAUCCAUUAUAUCUCGCCACCAACAAGUCAGUCCUACUAAAGGAGUCAGUCUACCACCCACCCGACUACAUCAAGCAACCAUGGUACUUCAGCAGUGUUAACAGACGGGCUGCUGAGGAAAUGCUCAGAAGAAAUCCGGAGGAUGGCCGCUUUCUUGUGCGACCAGGAUCGGCAAGGGAUACUUUCGCUCUUUCCUUCAGAUAUCACGGCAAAAUUCGACAUUUCCGUAUCAGUAGGCAGGGAGGACCGUUUGUGCUUGGGCUGUACAGGUUCUGCAGCCUGGUGAAGCUAGUGGACUUCUUCAAGAAGACCCCAUUGUACAGAAAGAUGAAACUAGGGAGGCCGGCAGUAGGGGCGACUACCGAUGAACAGGCUGACGACUGUGACAUCUACGGCUGCAGCAUAUACAGCGACCCCAACAGUCCCGAGGGUCUCAGCAUGGUGAAUGUGAGGGCCUUGUACGACUUCCGGGGUGACCAGCCGGACCAGAUGACCUUUCGCAGGGGGCAAUCAUUAGGAAUGUGGAAAGGGGAUCUCGGCGACAUGCGACAGCUUUUGUUCCCUGCUAACUACGUUGAGGUCAUGCCAGAGAAGGAGAACGAGAAAACAGAUCUGGAGAAGGAGAGCGGCAUCAUUGAACUCGCAGGCGGCAUCGUUGAAAUCUCUCCGGAGGUUGAAGGCAAAAAGAAUGUUCUCAACGUAUUCAGCAACAACACAGCCAAGCCUUUUGUCAUCGGUUUCGACCACCAUCGAGAAAUGGCGGACUGGGGUGACGCCAUCACAAGCAUUGUUGCUGCACUAGAAAACAGAGAUCGGAAGAUAUCUGCACAGGAAGGUAGAGACAAUAGAGCUGCAGAGUUGUCGGACCUUGUCGUCUACUGUCAAGCCGUACCUUUCGACACAAAGAAUAUUCCUGGCAGACAUUCGGAAAUGUCGUCUCUGUCCGAAGUGAAGGUUGCAGCUUUUCUCGCCGCUGAAAGAAUAACAACGAUUACAAACUACAACUGCUACCAGGUCAGCAGGAUAUUCCCGAAGUUCACACGCAUUGGAUCUGAUAAUUAUGACCCUGUCCCGAUGUGGAUUGGUAGUUGCCAGAUGGUUGCUCUGAACUACCAGACGCCCGACAAGCCCAUGCAGCUCAACCAGGGCUGGUUCCGACAAAACGGAAACCUGACCAUCACAAUACUCUGCGGUAGACUGUUAACCGUCGGAGCUUGCCUAAAACCGUUCAUUGUGAUGGAGGUGCUCGGAAUUCCUAUAGACAACAAGAGAAUCCGAACCAGCUUACGGGAAGAAAACAACGGUCUCAUGCCGGUAUGGGAGGAUGAAAAACAUGACCUCGACAUCGUAUGUCCGCCAUUGGCGUUGCUGAGGUUCGAACUGUGUUCCGACAAUGAGCUGAUUGACCAGAAGGUUCUUGCACAAGCUACGAUUCCAGUGCUAGCUCUCAGGGAAGGUUUCCGCUGUGUGCCUUUACAGAACGUCUACAGUGAGAAUCUACCGUUAUCUGCACUGCUCAUACAACUCGCCAUCAACGAUAAGGAGAACGAAAACCUGUCACGCAUUGCUGAAGAAGUGAGGAAUAUGUACCAGUCUCUGGCCAGCUUGAACCGUGAACCAGACCGCGUGCAGAAACUGAUGGACACGGAGAAGAAGAUUCUUGAGACUCUGGGGGGAAGGAGGAAGAAUAGUAACGUCUAUGGAGAGCUUCCCAUCGGCAGGUACAAAUAGACUUCGACAAAAGGAUCUGGAGUAUUCUGCACUGACUUCAGAAAGCUGAUAGAAGAACUGCACAAGGAAAAGGUCCGGUCUCAUUACACGGGUAGUGUUUAUACAGAACAAAGAGGUCGACAGCUUGUUGUACAGGAAGUCAAAUGAGUGAUGCCAAGAAUGGCGUCAUGUCAUAUAAUCAGAACGAGCAGGAGCAGGAAAAUCAAGAGGAACGUAUCUGUACCUGACGAUACACGAUUUGCUGUGGAGAUUUAGCUAUAAAUUAUUUAUAGUUGCUUACUAGUUCAUUUAAGAUCGUGGAACAGAUUAAAACAGAUUUGUGAUGGUGUGUGUCCGUCGAUAAAGGUACUGUAGCAUUAUAUCCAAUUAAACAAGCAUGAAAGUUAGAUACCUUCAAAUGGUUCAGUGUGGGUGUCCAGCAAUCGUGUGUGUUUGAACUUCAUCCAUGGACCCACGUGGUUACAUACUUAAUGCUUGACAGACUCUCCUUGAGGACAAAAGGUAUGGUCCUAUGUUCAAUCUUCCUACAAGGAUGAGUGCGAUGUUUUUAGAUAGAAGGUUUGAUUGGUUGCAUUGUUUGUUGUUUAUUGUCUUGUUUUGAAGUGUUUUUGACUGACACUACCUGUUGAAUGUACAUUUAAGGCUUAUAUGAAUGCUUCUUUACGGAUCUUAGACACGCGUUAUGUAAAUAUUACAGUCCAAAUCAUAUUGCCUAGGUUUUAUUUGUAUCUGUGAAUAUUUGUACUAUCCAUUUUUGUACUAUAUCAUUAAUAAUAUUUUUCACGCCAGUAUUCAAUUCAGGUGGACAUCAGUUCUUGUACAUACAACUUAGAUAUGUUUGCUUAGCUUGUCCGUCAUUUGGACCUACCAUCAAGAUACAACAUAUAUAUUUGUUACUUUUUCACUCACGUAUGUCUUUAUUUUUAAUUAUUCCUGGUGCUUAUUACCUGUUUUUAAUUCAAACAUACUCCAAAGGAAUGAAUAUUGAAACCCAGGAAAAUAUACAUUUGUUACUUUAAAACCUCAGUCUCUUAAGUAUCUUAUUAUUUAUAGCAUGCAUCUAUUUCGCACUAACUGUGAUACGUAAUGCAUAAUAUGUAUAUGUGUGAACAUGUGUAGAAUUGCACCAUAAACUUAGUUAACUUGCUGAUUGUAGCAAGCAAUGUACCAUUUCUACAUGUGUGGUUAUCGUCACCGUACCUUUAUGCGGUGCAAAGUCCACCGCCGCUCGCUGCACAUGAUGGUGUUAUAUUUUCUGGUCUUGUGAGUGAGUACGGCUGUACGCCAUUUUCAGCAAUAUUCCAGUAAUAUUGCACCAGAAAUGGGCUUUACAAUCGUGGAGAUUCUUCCGUGUCGAAGCGACAUUUGUACAUCAUUUCACAAAUAGUUUACAAUUAGUUGCCUGGUGACAAUCUGUUAUAAUAGGGAAAGUGAUUGCUUAGAACAUUCAAGAACAUCCACGAUGCACUGUGUACAGCAGAUUCAGUACUUCUUCAAAUCAACUAAAUGAUAUAUAUAGGAUGGGUUUAUAUUUAUCCGGAUAGUUUGAAAGAAAACAUACUUAUUAAUAACGAGCUAUGGUGUUUAAUCAUCGCACUGAUGUAACGCCUGCCAUUUAUCACAUGAAUUGUGACAAUCACAUCAAUAGCGGAUUUGUUCUUCUUUUGAUAAAAAUUACAGUUGAAAUGAAAUGGAAACACAGAUCAGAUUAUAUCAUGUAUAGAUGCUGAAAAUGCCAUGAAGUAAAAUGUCCAUAAAAGAGGUAUGCUUGUUGUAUGUUAUGCUUCUUCUCGUCAGCGUCAGCGAUAUGAACAUAAGUAUUGUUAUAUAUAUGUUUCACGUUGUUCCUGCGUCACGGUUUUAACGUAUUUUACGUUUUGUGAAUUUUGACAGUCACGUUUAUAGUGGUUUUGUUUUUUCAUAAAAAUACAAUAAUUGUAAUGAAAUGGAAUUAAAGUUUCAAAAGAAAAUAUGUAUACAUCAAUAUUCAUUUGCCCCCAGUGGCGACUUUGUCAUUGCAGCGGUUGUAUGUGAUACCCUCUAUGUACAGAACCAAGCAUAAUUAUGUACCGCUAACCAAUUGAUCUGAUUGUUUUCUUAAUAGCAUCUACGUUGUGCAUGUUACAAAUUGAUAUUACAUCAUAAUUUCAUUCUUUUUGUUCUCAACUGUUUUCUUAAGAUCAUUUUGAGACACUUUCUGUGAUUGUUCUUUUUUCAUAUUGCCCUUCGAAGUACAAUUUGGUUUCAUCUUGGGUAGAAACUACCGAUACAUAAGCAUUUUGACAUCUUAUUGUUUCAUCUUAAUGAUCUUGAAAUAAAACAAUUUAUCCCUCUUUGGAGGGAAAUAUAUUUUCUGAGAGGAAGAAAUUCCUUAUUCUCCAUUAGGAAGAAAAUAUCUGCAUGUGUAGUUCUAAGACUGGGAAUAUAUCCCUUAUAAGCUGUUUCAAAUCAACAAUACCUUUCUUACGAGCCACGGAGGGUCAUAUUGACUAUUUACAAGUUUCAAUUGCUUUAUUCCUUUUGUUCAUCUGAAAUAUGUCAGUGAGAUAUAUUCACCGAAGCAGUUUCACACGAGGCAUAUGUGAUUUUAUGCGUAUUUCGUUAGGUUGGCCGUGCGGAACUUGAUGCAGGACGCAUAUAUCUGCAUAUACAUCCCAUGAUACUGCUACAACUAUUACAAACAAUAUUAUGGAUGUCAACCUCUUCUUUAUUGUAUACACAGUGUAUCUGGGCUUUUCCUUGACCCUUCGUCAGGCGAAUGACCCGACGAAGGGCAAGGAAAAGCCCAGAAACGUGAAUACAAUAACAAUUGAAGUUGACGUCCAUAAUAGUUUGUCAUAUACAUGAAUACCAACUUCUACAUGCCUCUCAAGAACCCCAUACUACAAUAAAAAUUGAAGUUGACAUCCAUAAUAGUUUGUCAUAUACUUGAAUACCCACUUCUAUAUGCCUCUCAAGAACCCCAUACUACAAUACAAAUUGAAGUGGACGUCCAUAAUAGUUUGUCAUAUUCUUGAAUACCAACAUCUAUAUGCCUCUCAAGAACCCCAUACUACAAUACAAAUUGAAGUUGACGUCCAUAAUAGUUUGUCAUAUACUUGAAUACCAACAUCUAUAUGCCUCUCAAGAACCCCAUACUGCUACAUGUUGUGGAAUACCUCUACCCGAUCGCAUGUACUGAGUGAUAAUACACAGAAACCAUUGAAGCAAAGAAAGGUCAACUCUUUCUCCAGAACCGUUGCAAAAUAUAUUUUCACAUUCUUAUUUUAAUUUUCUUCAUUUCAUAUAUUUUAACAGUUCGAAACAGCUCUUCGCUGUAUAAAUAUCCUUAAACACGUUUUUCCUACUCAAAUGUAUGCGCAAAACCUAUGUACACACAGCUCAAAUUCUGUAGACUCAAAGUGUAUGUAAGUACUGUUUACGCCCUUAGACUCUCCUUGUGAAUCCUUGAAAGGUAUCUUGUAUUGGGCUUCUGUUAAAACAUUCCAUAUGUCCGAUUUGCUAAACUUUGAAUUGUUCAGCUUAGUAAAUAACUGAUUAUGAAUUUG